UGGUAGCUCCAGGUCAUCUCAUCCUUCCAUCAGUUUUAUUGAGGAUGACGUGGAUGUUAUGAUUAUGAAGAAUGGCGUCCUCUCCAAAAUCAUCCCAAAAAGAGGCUGUAGCAGGACCUCUCUGACAUCAAGCAACUCUGGGUCCUUUUCACCCAGUCUUCCUAAAGGCCAACAUUCUUCGUCUCCAAGAUGAAGCGACAUGUCAUAUGGAAUGGUGGCUCAAAAUAUGACUUCACCCAAAUUCCCAGUCGGAGGAGAAGGUCAAACAGGGGUGGAUGGACAGUGGCCUUUGCAGCAGGAGGUAAUGCACCCACUAGCUGACCCUCCGGCGCUGACUGACCCCCCAGUCCUGGCUCCUGUAAGUGCCCAUUGUUCCUUUGGAGUUUCAUUUAUCGUCCAAUAAAUCACAAGCACACAAAUCUGGGUGCAGUCGUGACCUACUGGCUUCAGGCUUGGAACUGGAGGGUUGCCGGUUUGAUCCUCAACCAGUGGGAACAGCUGAAGUGCCCUUAACCCCUCACUGAAACCUGGAUUUUUUUGCCAUUGCUACAUUUCCUUUGCAAUACAGUAUAUUUGGUUGUUACUUGGUUACUGUUACGUUGUUACCUUUCUAUUGUUUUUAGGAAAUGGAGCAGUGUGCCUUACAGCAGACCACCCCAAUUGAGAUGGUCAAUUCUUAUAUUGCUCAGCUGAGGCCGCAUUCAGCUGUCAGGGUGUGCAAUUAUGCUGUUUCAGCAUUUUCACUUCCUGACUUCAGUGUGAAGCAGAUGACAAUGACAGUGUUUUUUUUUUUCUUUCUACUGAUGUUCACUACUUAAUCACUGCAUUCAGCAGUUCAAUUGCAAUAUAUGUAUUUGUUUUAUUUGUUUCCAUUUCCUUUAGGAAAACAAAUAUGUUUUUGAAUUGUUGAGAGAUGUAGCAAGCUCCUCCCCGAUGGCCAUGGAUGGGUUUACUGCUGCUCCUGCUCCAGGAGGGAGAAUGAGUUAAUCCAAGCCAUGGCCAGAGUCAUUUCCUCGGAGAGACGAAGAGCAGAGCAGUAUUGCCUCCAUGUCCUUGCACUAAAACAAGUAGUGGAGGACUUUGACAGGGCCUUUGGCUUUCAUCCCAGCAUGCAUGACUAUGAACAUAGCUAUGCCUCUGCUGAUGCCUCCCUGCAAGGAUGUGAGGAGGUAUUCCACAUCUCUGAAAGGGACGUGUGUGUGAAAGCACACUCAGGCCAAUAUGAUGUGGUUCGCUGUGGAACGAAGAAGGCGUGCCUCACAUCUGUGGCCAUGUGGGCCCAUUGCCUUUCGACCGGUGCCUGGCUCAGUCCGCCAUUCCCCCGAGGUACAACGCCCAGUCCCAUCUUCCCAUGCUUUUACGGGACAGGGCAUGCACAAAGUCCCAGUCAUAUGAGGGGUGUCAUUAACCCGGAGUUGAUGGCAUCAAUCCAGGAGGCCAGUCAGUCAAGGGCUACUAAUUUGGCACCGAGAGGCCGCAGUACAGAUGUCCAAGGUGACGAUGAAAUGGAGGCAAUAAAAACCUUAGACGCUGACACUAUUACAUACCAUGUCCUUAAGGUUGUGAUAUCGUCAUUGGCCAAAAAAAAAAAGAAUUUCUGGACAGUGGAGAACCAGCCAGAUUGGUGGCCUGAAUCUCUACCCUUCGCUUCACCCAGCCACAAAUUUACUGUGAAAGGUGUGGAAAGGAAGCCCCUCCCAGAAAGAGCUAAAGGAGAUCCUGAAGGCCUACCAGGCCCACCUUAAAAAUAAAAUAUAAAUGAAU